CCCCACUCACCACAGAAAACCACGCAAUUUAAUUUUACCCCAAAUAUGAACAGCAAUUAGAAUUAAAACUCCACAGCAAACACAGAAACAUCACUCCCUAACAACCACCACAUCAAAUCCUCAUCUUUCACACUCUCUCUCUCAACUCUAUCUUCAGACUUCCAAGAUUUGAGAAUUCAGAAAGCCAUGGCAGUAGCCAACAACAUAACAGCAGUCCUCAACUUCAUAGCCACUCUCUGCUCCAUCCCCAUAAUCGCCGCCGGAAUCUGGCUUGCCUCCAAGCCCGACAACGAGUGCGUCCACCUAUUUCGGUGGCCGGUCGUCGUCCUUGGGAUCCUAAUUCUCGUUGUCUCCCUCACUGGCUUCGCUGGCGCUUACUGGUACAAAGAGACUCUCCUCGCCGUCUACCUCUGCCUCAUGGCUAUCCUAAUCGUUCUCCUCCUCAGUCUCCUCAUCUUCGCUUUCGUCGUGACCCGACCCGACGGGAGUUAUUCGGUACCAGGAAAGGCGUAUAAGGAGUAUAGACUGGAUGGAUUCUCGGACUGGCUUAGAAACCACGUUGUGAAUAGCAAGAAUUGGGAUAAAAUCAGACCCUGCCUUGCUGAAUCUGAUACUUGCUCCAAAUUGGCUCAGGAUUACUUCACUGUUGACCAAUUAUUUUCCUCUAACAUCUCUCCUUUGCAGUCGGGAUGUUGCAAGCCACCAACUGCUUGUGGGUACAGCUAUGUGAACCCAACAUUGUGGAUAAACCCCACAUCCCCAACAGCAGACCCAGAUUGCUUUUUGUGGAACAAUGAUCAGAGCCAACUCUGCUACAAUUGCAGUUCCUGCAAGGCUGGUUUGUUGGGGAAUCUGAGAAAGGAAUGGAGGAAAGCCAAUAUAAUCCUCAUUGUCGCAGUUGUGGUGCUCAUUUGGGUUUAUCUUAUAGCCUGCAGUGCCUUCAGAAAUGCCCAAACUGAAGACCUCUUCCGCCGUUACAAACAGGGUUGGACUUGAAAUACACCUGUUGCCAAACCCAAACACACAUCGUUCCCACUUUAAUAGUGAUGGUUUUUUUUGUCUUUCUUUCUCUUGCGUGGUUUCUCUUAUCUUCUGUCGUACCUCUGUGUCAGUUUUCGUCAGUGUUUAGUGUAUAUUCCUUUGUUCUUUCUUAUCUAGAAUGUAUGGCCAAACAAAUAAGCCACUAGUUUUUUCAGAUACGCAUGAGACUAGAAUCUCAAUUAUAUCAGCCAUAUGCCUAUUGAUUUGAGUACCAGAUUCUUCCA